GUGCACAGCAAGCCGAAACCAACCGUAAAAUACUUGAAGAAAUACAGACCAAGAAGCAGUUGCUCAUUGGGCUGGGUAGCACAACGAAUCAGAUGCCCGCACCGCAGCUGCUUGGCCAGCCGACAGUGACAGUAGAAUUUCCACAAAGCGUGAGCGUUACGCCUAAUGCCGCUGGCGGCCUCGGCGCGCCACGAUCUGCAUUUAAUCCAACGAGCUCUACUACUCUGGGUUUCUUUAUACCGCAGGAUUCGUAUUUUGGAAAUAGUUUUAUACCCGUGUUGCCACGCCUGGAGCCACUGCCGACACCGGCAGCGCCCAACGCCAAGUAAUUUCUUAGCACAGUACACACGUCCCUCCAUAUGGCUCGCCUAAAGCUGAAGAAGCUGGAGGAGUAUCUGCAGUGUGUCGAUGGCUUCGAGCAGCCAAAGAUUCUGCUGGAACAGUAUCCAACACCACCCCACAUAGCUGCAUGCAUGACGCACCACAUGCAAGCCCAGCACGACGACAUUGAGGGAAAGCUUUUGGCUGAUCUGGGAUGCGGCUGCGGUAUGCUCAGCAUUGCCGCCACAUUACUGGGAGCGCAGCUUUCUGUUGGCUUCGAGCUCGACGACGCUGCCGUGGACAUUUACCGCCAGAAUAUGCUGGACAUGGAGCUGCCAAAUGCAGAUUGUGUGCGUGCGAAUGUGCUGCAAUUGCCGGGCAGUAAGUGGGAUAAUGCCUUCGACACGGUGGUUAUGAAUCCGCCCUUUGGCACCAAACAUAAUGCUGGCAUGGAUAUGCGGUUUUUGGAUGUGGGCAUGCGUCUGGCCACAGGAGCUGUCUACUCGCUGCACAAAACCUCCACACGCACUUACAUUCAAAAGAAGUCCAAAGAGUGGGGCGCUCGGAGUAGCGUAAUUGCUGAAUUGCGUUAUAACAUCGAAGCCAGCUACAAGUUCCACAAGCAGAAGUCUAAGGAUAUUGAGGUUGACUUUUGGCGCUUUGAUGUCAGCGAACUGUGACACAGCUCAACACAGCAAGAAGAGUUUAGUUAAGAUUACAUAUGAAAUGCAUUUUUUUUUGACAAUUUUAUAAUACAAUUAACACGACAAAAA